UACAGUACCUUGCCAGCUGCCUUCUUCGCGGCUGUUAAUUCCCGAUUGAUUGCGUUGAUUGAUUGCUGAAUACAGAUUCCUUCUCUUCCAUUAUGGAAACUGCACGUAAUCAGGGAUGCAUUCUAGACUAUGCUUUUGAUUUUUCAAAAUUCAAACGUAAUUUCUUUGCUUGCUGUCAAAGAGUUCUUGUGUGGGUUUGUAGAGUGGUUUUUGACGGUAUUCUUGCUGGCUAUGGAUUCGCGUUCGCAGCAGCCGAUGGUUAAUUUGUCAGGCUCAAGUCGGAAGAGGAACAAAGAAAAUCAGUCAGAUGCUUCGCUUGCUGGUAUUCGUCGACGAGGUUCUGGAAAUGCUCUGGAUUUGUUCCUACAAAGACGCGCUGAAAGCAUUAAGAGAUCCAGGACCAUCGGCACUUCGUCAGAGUUCGACAAAAACAGCAGAGCCACAAGUCAGGUCCCUCUAUCAACUACUGAUCAGAGUGCACCAGGAGAAUCAAUCAGGCGUGCCCGGUUGUCCAAUUUUGAUCAAAAUUCAAGCCCUGGCUCUGUGUUGGAUUCUACCGUCACAAACGUGAUGCCUUCUACCAAUGCAGCCACAGGUUGGAUUCAAGUAAUUUUAGAUAUCUUUUUAAAAUGGAAUUACAUCACUUUUUCCAAAGCAAUACUAAAUAUUUGGUGUUGGUUAACUAAAGAAGCAUGACAUGUAAAGAAAUUG